GGCCUCCUGUUCUCUACCCCUGAAUGUCUGAAGGAACCCCAGGACCUGGUGAAGCUCUACCUGCACGAGUCCAACCGGGUGUACCGGGAUAAGAUGGUUGAAGCAAACGAUUAUGGUACCUUUGAUAAAAUCCAGAGGGAGACGGUGAAGAAAUUCUAUGAUGACAUAGAAGAAACUUUAGAGCAGACCAAGCACAUGAAUAUUUUUUGCCAUUUUGCUAAAGGCACUGGGGAACCUGGGUACAGGCCAAUUCCAACCUGGGAGGAGCUGAACCAGAUCCUCGUGGAAGCCUUGGAUAACUACAAUGAAGUCAACGCUGCCAUGAACCUGGUGCUGUUUGAGGAUGCCAUGUGCCAUGU